GCACGCGCCGGGCUGCUCCGGCGUCCCCUCCCCCCACGGCGAGCCGGUUGCUGCGGUUCCUCCGCCGGCGUCUCGGUCGGCUUGGUCGUCAUGGGGUCUCCGUGGGACGACCUGACCCUGGCCUUUUCUCGCACACCUAUGUUUCCCUUUUUUGACAUCGCCCACUACCUGGUGUCGGUGAUGACGCUGAAGCGACGGCCGGGAGCAGAGACAGAGGCAGUGAAGAAUCCUUUGGCAAGCUGGUUUGCUGCUAUGCUCCACUGCUUUGGUGGAGGAAUUUUGUCCUGUAUGCUACUUGCUGAACCUCCAGUGAGGUUUCUUGCUAACAACACUAAUAUAUUAUUGGCAUCUUCGAUCUGGUAUAUUGCAUUUUUUUGCCCAUGUGACCUAGUUUCCCAUGGCUAUUCUUUCCUACCUGUUCAACUCUUGGCUGCAGGAAUGAAGGAAGUGACCAGAACUUGGAAAAUAGUAGCUGGAGUCACACAUGCUAAUAGCUAUUACAAAAAUGGCUGGAUAGUCAUGAUAGCUAUUGGAUGGGCUCGAGGUGCAGGUGGUAGUCUUAUCACAAGCUUUGAAUUGUUAAUAAGAGGAGUUUGGAAACCAGAAAUUGAUGAAUGGCUGAAGAUGUCCUACCCUGCCAAGAUAACCCUGGUGGGGUCAAUUAUCUUCACAUUCCAGCACGCCAAAUAUCUGCCAAUAGCAAAGCAUAAUCUUAUGUUCCUGUAUACCAUUUUUAUUGUGGCCACAAAGAUAACCAUGAUGAUUACAGAGACUUCUGGUAUGUCUUUGGCUCCUGUUGAGGAUAUUUUGAGUCGGAUGUUGUUUGGCCGGCAUCAGUUUUCAAUAUGUGAAAAGAAAGAUGAAAAGAAAACUGAAAAAAAAAGUGAAGAUAAAUUGUCUGUCAAUGGUACUGCUUCAUCAUCGUCAGAUAUUAAGAUUGCUUCAGAGGUUAAGGCUAAAAAGAGUCAUACUAAGAAAACCGAGUAAAUUUAUUUGAUGAACUGUUAAAAGAAAACUUUUUUUCUUCUUUCACCUGUAAGAUUGUGAUAAAUAUUCCUAUGUAAAUGAUGUGAAAUAAGGAUUAUUUAACGACUGGAGGUGACUAAAAGAAAGAACUUUCUGUUUCAGGGAGCUAUCCCUUGUGGAUUAUAAUUCUUGAGUGAUACGAGAUAUCAUGUAAAAUUGUUUUUCUAAGUUAUAAAUAAGAUUCUAUGACGAUUAUUUUUAUAGUUUUAUAUUUAUGAAAGACGAUAGAUUUUUGGAGAGGGCAUAUUUAAGUUAGAAAUUUAUGUUUAAAAGUAUUAACUGUAAACACCAGCAGGGAUUAUACUUUUUACUUGCUUAAAAAUUCUGUGGGGGAGGACUUUUGAUACAGUUUUGGAAUGUUAAGAUACUUCUUUUUAAUAUUGUGACACAUUAUUUAAGAGUUCUAUAUUAUAUUUGAUAUAGUUAAAAACUUUAAAAUUAAUGUUAUUAAUUAUUGACAGUUUUGAAGUGUGGUUCUCUGUAUAGUUAAAAUGAUAGGAAUCUUGUUUUAUACUUGUAUUAAAAGCAAA